GACGUCGCGUUGUUUGAGGUCGCGAUUUUCAAGCGCGUCGGGAUUGCGCGCGGGUUUUUUGUUUCCUUGCGCAUCGCAUCCGGGUUUGAUGUCAAGGCUCAACCCGGUGAUCUACCGGUCUGUAAUAAAUCCGGAUUCUAAACUCAAUUUGGAUUAUUCUGGUGUUAAAAUGCGUGUUUGUUACAUCGUAGCAAAUUUUAGUGCUAGAUGUUUUAGAACGUGCUUCCGUUAAAAGCUGGAACGCCUGAAGUGUCUGGAUCUUCGUCUGCUGCUGCAAUCUGAACUAGACGAUGAUGAACCGUGUUCUGAUUUUCACCGAGAGUGUUGAUCCCAAAUGUUGACCCAGUUGAUUAGCGGCAGCCCGGGGAAAUGGAAACAGAUCAUCGGCGUCAUAUUUCACCGUUCAUCAGCCACAUUUUGAGCCGGUGAGAGUUUCGACUUGUGAAGAUCAAGGGGAAGAAAAUAAAAAACCAUUAGUAUGUUGUGUACAAAUGUGUCAGAAAAAAAGGAAGAAUCUGUUAAAGUAGGAGCAAAACAAAUAAGUGCAUCUCUUCAUAAGCUGUGCUCCCGAAUGUUAAUGAUCUGUGUUACGCUCCUGCUGAUUGUGAAAAAUCAAGAAGAAUCAAAUAAACCGAAGGAAUACCGAUGCUACAUUUGAAGCAUUUGAAUCCACAAGAAAAGUUCUGUUAACUGUUCAACUUGGCAACUGUGAGUCGUCCCGCAACCCAUUUCGAAAGGAAGGAAGCCACAUGCUAAACAUUCGUCAAAAGUUGUUCGAAGAAUCAACAACCGAACGUGUAAAACGGAAGCAGAUUUGGCUGGAUUUUGAACCAACUGUGUGUUCCGUGUUUUAAAGUUACUGAGCUUUAGUGUUGGUGGUCUUAUGAAGAAAAAAAUGCACUUCUCUAGAGCUUCUCAAACCGGAAGAAUUUAGAUCCCGUUGAUGAAAUUUGCUUGCCUAGGAGAGAAUCAACAACAACCGUAAAAAAAAACUCCGAACGAAGACGUGUAUCCCACAAAGUGAGAUGGUGAUGUCAACAUGGAAGCUGUUUAAUGUUGGCCCCCUGUAUUGAAACGGUUUGGUGUUGUAGCAGGCAUACGAAAAAAGUAAAGCUCCUCAAUCCAUAGCUUGGAGCAAACUUGGAAGUCAUCAAAUUGAAACAACGGAAGAGAGAAAGAUGUUGCAGCAGCAAAAAGUGAUGGCAUGGUGGGAGCAGAUUUGUUUUCAUUUUCAAACGAUAUCGAUGGGAUGUACAACGUGUGCGCGCCAAUGUUUGUCGUUUUAACAAUUAAUGGGAUCGACUUUCGAUAAGUUAUCCAUUUUUCUGGACUGUGAGGUGCCAUUGGGGAAAUAGUAGAGUGUUUGGGAACAAAUUGUUUUUGCUGAUAGAAAAAUGACCCGCUAAUAACCGAAUUCUGGGAAACGAGAGAUUUCAACGGAUGAAAUCGAGUUCGUCGCUUCUUACUCGUCCACAAGCAUUGAAGUCUUUCUGAAUUGAACCGCGAAAUUUGAGUAGGGGGGAAAGUGUGUGUUUUUUUUGGAAUAGAAUCGUGUCAGAAGUGAAAACGGAAGAAUUCAUCAUGUUUACUAGAUUCGAAGCGAACAAAUCGACCAAAGGAGCGUCGAAGCUGCGGCGCGAUCUGAUCAAUGCCGAAAUUGCGAACCUAAGGGAUUUGUUGCCAUUGCCGCAGUCAACGCGGCAGCGGCUAUCGCAGCUACAGCUGAUGGCACUGAUUUGCGUGUACGUGCGAAAGGCGAACUACUUUCAGCAAGUCUUCAAACGCAACAUAGACAUCGGAAUGCACACAGCACCAACACCAAAUAUAGGAUUUACUAAGGCCAUGUCUGGUUUUCUCAUGAUGCUUACGCAAAAUGGGAAACUACUCUACAUCUCCGACAAUGCCGCCGAGUACCUGGGACAUUCUAUGGAGGACCUGCUCAUCCACGGCGACUCGGUAUAUGACAUCAUCGACAAGCAAGACCACGGGGCCAUCCAGGCCGAACUGGGCCGAGGGGUUCCGCAGCAUCAAACCAGCGCCUCCCAUCAUCACCAUCAUCAUGGGCAUCACAGCAACGGAACCCAGCUGGACGGGGAACACCGGAUGUUCCUGUGCCGGAUGAACGUCAGCCGGAACGCUCGGCGCCAGAUGCGGUUCGGGGAUCAGAAGGUCAUUCUAGUUCAAGGGCAUUACCUAUCGUACCUGCCGCUGUGUAGCCGGAACGAGCCGGUAUUCAUAGCGACCUGUACCCCGAUUGCCAUGCCGGAAACGAGGGAGUGUGUCGUCCAGGGGGCGACCAAUGUGUUCACAACCAUCCACUCGAUGGACAUGAAAGUGGUUCACAUCGACCGGAACGGUGAAUUUCAUCUUGGCUACAGCAGGAGUGAACUUCAAGGAAUUUCCUGGUAUAACCUUUUACACUGGGAAUCGACGAGAGAAGCCCAAAACAAACAUCGACUGAUUACUCAAUCGGAGCAGGAUCGAUCCUGUAUUUUGCUGGUCCGGAUGCAGCGACGCCAAAACGACUUCAUCUGGGUGCAUGUGGUCCUGCAGGUGAGGGAUGGGCAGGACUCGAACCAGCAGUCGGUGAUCGUUUGCACUAAUCAGGUGCUGAGCGAUCGCGAAGCAUCUGUAAUGCUAUCGAACUCCUGGCUGUACCACUACUACACCGUCCAGUCCAAGAUGCAAUUCGGCAUUCCCUUCGAGGGUGCAACCCGAAUCCCACCCAACACGGCGUACUACGGUGGCCAUCAUUCACCCACUCACUCAGCCGGAAUCCAAUCCCACGGUUACAUAGCUCCUCCGCAUCAUGUUUCGUAUGGAUAUCAUUCUCCGGUGGGGCAAAGUGGAGGUGGUGGAGCUAGCACAGGUCACAACGGAACAUCUCUCAUAAGUCACCAUCAUGGGUUAGGUGGUGAACAUUAUCGACCUUAUGGCUAUAGAUUGAAGACCCACCCUGUAGAUUACAGCAGUCAACAGCAACCUCCGAUGGUUAGCACCGGACAGGUUCGGUGUGAAUCUACAGGAAGCAGCCAAAGUAUUCCAAUAAAUGGGGAGAGAAACGGAUCACCUCCGGCGAAAAAACGAGCUUUGGGUCGAUUAGAACCUCUUUAUAUUCCGGGAAACGAGCAGGACUCCCCGGAGAGUUCGGUCAUCGAACUGCAGCCAUCUUCUCAUCCCAUCAAUCAUGAGCACCCUGCGGAUAGUUCGCUCAGUAGAAAUGGAUCCGGCAUCUCCGGUGGAGCAGGAUCUAGUUCGAUCAAUGGAUCUGGUGGUCUUCAAACCAUGACCCUGUCUACCUCAUUACAUACCCGAAGUAAUCGAAUCCUGAAGGCUCCUCCUUCUGCAACGAUCACCUCGGAACCGACGGACUUCAUCGAUCAGUGGAAUCCAAGUCCUCCCUGGUCCGACACAACAGUCCAAAAAGUUCCGGACAUCUCCCAUCAGCAGCUUUCCCCCUAUAUGACGACAACACCUCCAACUCCCACCAGUGCUCCGCCUCAUGUUACGGGCAUUCCUACCACAACAUUCUCUUUCGAUUGGAUGCCCGAACAGUUCGUUCCAAUAAUGGCAGACGGAUCAACGGGUGUUCCAUGUACUCUGACCCAGGACGGAAUCCCAGUGCCAAUGUCCCUGCCCAUGCCAGUACCCCUACAAAUACCUCCUCCACCAUGGCCUUCGGAUCAUCGGCUACUCCCCCUAGAAGGCAGUUUAUCAACCUCCUCAACUGUUGAGCGAAAACCUUUAGAAGAUCACCAAAACCAACAGCAACAGCAGCAAUUUUUGCCGCAACACAGUCUUCAACAGCAUCAGCCAUCACAACAUCUUCAGCAUCAAUCCCAGCUUCACAACCAAACUCCAACCGCAUCCAGCAGCGUAGAUAUUGGACCAUCACGAGGUAUUAAACGAUCUCAUUGAACGCGUAAUAUCCUUUUUCGUUUCGUCCCGCCUGUUGUUCAGGGAUGUAGCCAUUUUUUAAACAAAAAACAACAACAAUCGUACAUCUUCCAGUAUCAGUAUUCAAAUUAAAACCUAAGUUAGCAGACAUAGGACAGAUUUAGCAGUUAUUUUGUCGUACAAACAUCGAUCGCUUCCACUCUCAAAGCGAAGAGGCUAAGUGCCAAGUAGUUGUAUUUUAAACAGUAUAGGUUUAAACUAAAGCAAUCAAAGUUAUUAAUUUUCCGUGCUAAAUUUAACCUUUCCCAUAGGUCUAUUGUUGAUUUGUUAAAAGUUACUAUUGUGCAAUUUGCAUGGCUAAGACGGGCGAAAACUAUGGUUUUAG